AUGUUCACCAUUGUUCCACGCCUGGACCGCCCAUCAACAUACAAGGACCACCAAUACCAGGGUUCGACUGACCAGUGGAGCACGGACCUGGCUAGAACCACCACUCUCUACGUCGGCAACCUCUCUUUCUACACAACAGAGGAACAACUCUACGAGAUAUUCUCAAAAGCCGGCGAAAUCAAGCGCAUCAUCAUGGGACUUUCGCGCAACAACAAAACCCCCUGCGGAUUUUGUUUUGUCGAAUACUAUACGCAUGAAAACGCCCUGGAGUGCAUGAAGUAUGUUAAUGGAACCAAGUUGGAUGAUCGUAUUAUUAGGACGGAUUUGGAUCCUGGAUUUAAGGAGGGUAGGCAGUUUGGUAGGGGGAGGUCUGGUGGACAGGUUAGGGAUGAGUAUAGGCAGGAGUAUGAUGAGGGGAGAGGUGGCUGGGGCCAUCUUAGGGCGAAGCAGGAGGAGGAUAGGAGGGUGCAGCAGGAGGAGAAUUAU